AUGGCUGGCUACCGUUACCCGAACCUGACAAUAAUAAUCGACGAAUCAGAGCUCCACAUCAAGGAUCCCAAUGUCUUUAGCCCUGCAGUAAUUGCAAAGCUUCCGUUAUCAGCUGCAGUACACUCUUCGGAAGCAAGUUUCCGUAUGCUUAGCAAAGGCUUUGUUGUUGUUUCUACCUACACCUACACACUCACACUCAUGCCAUGGACCCCGGAAUACGGCUCAACAGCAGUGCCCCUACAAACACAGCUCAACCCUGAUCCCAUCAACCACCACAUAGCAAACAGCUCACGUGUGCCGCCGCCCAACGAACGCCUCAGCAUUGAAAUCUCUGGGAUACCACCACACCUAACAAUACACCGUCUGUUCAGCGGAAUUUGCACCAUCCGUGACAUAACAUUGAAACCUGCAACACUCACAUGCUGGGUCUCCGCCUAUGGACAAGAGCCGCUUGUGCCUAGCAUUGCACAUAUAGGUGUCAGGAAAACAACUGAACACGGUGACCUCCUCAACAUUUGGCCACUAUGGUAUGAAACAUAUACAGAAGAGAUGCUUGGCAGGAUGACUCCACCAGAACAUCGAUGGUCUCAGCGACGAGUAUCCUCAGAUCUUGCUACCGUGCACCAAGAGGAACACCACAGAGAAUAUUUCGCCUACGCAGAUAUUUCUACCGAUUCCUCCCUGAACAACUCGGACGACGAUGAACAUGGCUGGGAGUCUGAUCGCAGCUGGAAAUUCCACUGA